AUGGCGGACGCAACGUCGAGUGUGACGCCGGAGCUACUGAAGAGUAAACUGGUUGAACAACUUCAGGCGCAGGUUGUGGAGAUUGAGGAUUUGUCUGGUGGCUGCGGACAGGCAUUCCAGGCGAUUAUUGUUUCUCCGCAGUUUGAGAAGAAGAACAUGCUUGCGCGCCAUCGGUUGGUGAACUCGGUCUUGAAGUCGGAGAUUGCUGCCAUCCACGCGUGGACACCCAAGUGUUACACCCCCGAGCAAUGGCAGGCCCUGCAGCAAGGAAGCGCUUGA